UGUUAUUUCCAUUCAAGAAAUAUACCACUUGUGAAAAAAUAAAUUUUGGACAUGUUAAGCAAAAACUAGUAACAAUUCAAAUAAAAUUCAUUUUUUUCCAAGAUGUUACGGAAAUAUUCGUCCGUUGAUCGAAUUGACAAGGAAAACAGAAGAAAACCAUUGGAUCCAUCACCAUAUUCAUUGCAUUACAAAUCGAAUUUAACACAUGACCAAAGGGAGUUAAUUUCUCACAGGCAACAUGUUAAGAAAUUGCAUCGAAACGAUUUGGAGGAUCGUUACCUGGAAUUAUUGGAUGAAAAUUUUGCUAUCAAAAAGGAGAACACCAGCAAUCAUGAUAAAAUACGGAAACUAGUCACGAAGGUCAUACGUUUAUCCUCCGAUGAUAAACGGACCAGACCAAGUUCUAGUGAUCCAACGAAUACGACCAAAUCAAAGCUGUCGACCGAUGAGAAUUUAAAAAUCAAAAUCAUCGAUCUUGAAUCGUAUAACGCGCAAUUAAGAGACCGCUUGAAUUUAGUUAUUCGUUAUGUGAAUUCGAACAAAAGGAGCACAUCAUCGGCUACAUAUCGUAGGACCGGCUCAGGACUGCUGAAGAAAUCUAAAAUGUUCAAGAGUCAAGACGAAUUUAUAUUCAACAUUCCAUUAUCUCGACCAGAGACUCAGAACAGCCGAAUGUUGUGCUUUGAAGACGAAAACAUAAAAAGUGCAGUUGCACACUACGAAGACACUAUUACUGAAACAGACGAAACUUCAAAACUGGAAAUGCAGAAAGAAGUUGGCAAAGCUGAGGAUGUUCUUAAUACACUCAAAGUGACUAUCGAGCAGCUUCAAAACGAUCUGUCCACCGAAAAGCUAAACAAUCAGCGAUUAGUACAGAUUCAAACCGAAUUGGAGAAGACGAUUCAAGAACAGGAAACGAAUUCAAAGCAGUACGUCGAUAGUAAUGAAUUGGAUGGAAUGAACGAGCGUCUUCGAAAUUAUGAAAUUGAAAUCGGUCAAUUGCAGAAGGACUGUUUGAAUAUUAAAAGUAUUUCAGAGAAUGAGUUGGAAGACGAGAGAACAAAGUUGUUUGAACUGAAGGCCAUUCUCGACAAAGAAAUGGAGAAAAAUAAAAAACUUCUGAAAGAAAAAGAAUUUCUUGAGGAGAAGGUCGAAAGUGCAAACCAAAUGAAACAGGAAUCGUGUGACAUGCAGGCGGAAAACGAACUGCUGCGAAAACAUCGCGAAAAUAUUUCUUCAUUGGCAUCAGAAUUGGCUCUAAGAAAUGAAACGAUCAAAAAAUUAACCAAAACAAAUGAAGAGCUCACGUCUGAUGUUAUGGAUAGUAAGGCACAAUUACAGGCGUUGAACGAUAUCCAUCAUGAUUUGAUGAACAAAAUACGAGAUUUGCAAGAUUUAAAUGACAGUCUGACUAUUCAAGUCGAAGGAUUGAAGGCAAGAUGUCAAUGUUUGAUGGAACAAAAUACGGAAUUGAAUAAGAAAUAUCACUCGGUGAACCUAAUAAUUGAGGUUUGAGGUUGAAAUUGUAUCGCAAAUAAAUCGAUUUUUGUUUGAAU